UGUCAGACUACGGUCACUCUGACAUGGAGUUUUUGCACAACGUACAUUUCAGCUCUGUGUGAAAUACGCGUUAAAACUAUAGAUAUUUUUGUCAACAAUUAGUAAUAGUCUCAAGAAAAACAACGUCUGCGAGUUUUGUGCGGGCGAUAAAAGAGAGCAAACUCUUUCCCCUCAGCGGUUGAGCGGAUACCUAACUACGUGCAAUGUUUAGGAUUCGCGUCAAGAUGGGCCCGCAACGCAAUCACAAUAACAAUAACAAUGGAGUCGCCGUCGGUGGAGUGGGCAGUAGCAAUCAUGCUCGCCUCCAUAAGGAGUUUACCUGCUGCUUUGGCCUGCAUGUGCAUACGGCAACAUUGAUGAUUGGCCUCUGGCAUCUGUUCCUCAAUAUUUUGGCGCUGAGCGUGCUCGCUGUCAUCUGGCGCAAUCCGGAAAUGAUGGAUGAACUGGAGAGUGGCAGUCAUGACUUUACCGUGGAUCUUAAUGCACCUGCCUUGCCCACACCUUUGAGCAAGGUGGAUCCUCCUUAUGCCUAUCGCGAUCACUCGCUCAACUAUCGUAAGCGUUACCAGAACUUUGACAUGGGCGGUCUGGUGUGCACCUGCAUGAUAGCCAUUACGCUGAUGAUGAUCUAUGGCAUUAUCAAGGGCAAGCCUUCGCAUUUGUUGCCCUUCUUCUGUCUGCAGCUGUUCGACUUCGCCAUCACCACAUUGACCGCCGCUGGCUAUCUGUGCUAUCUGCAAGCUCUACACCGCAUCAUUGCUGAAUCGCAUCGUCUGCCGUGGCGCGAGAAGCUGCUGGAGCUGCCUCCCGAGGAACUGGUGGUUGUUGUGCUCGUCGUCUUUGUGUGCAUCGUGUUCCUGAAAGCCUAUUGCAUUGGUAUUGUUUGGCGCUGCUACAAGUACUUGACCCUGCGCCAGCAACAUCUGCGCAGUCUGCUGCCCUGCGUGCUGCCUGAAACCGUGCUUCAUGGCGGACUUGGUAGCGGUGGCUUUGGUGCUGAGGAGCGCGCCUAUUCCACACUGUUGCCCAACUACGACGAGGCCAUUGCUCAGUACUUGAAACAGGCACCGCCGCCAUCCUAUCAAGUGGCCAUGUCAAACUACAACAAUGAGGAUGAGGGCGCCACUGGUGGUGCAAUUGUUGCUGAUGCUGGGGGCAAUACGCCGCUUUUUGUUGCUCUGGAUUCGUCCACUGUUAACACGGCCACCAAUACGGAUGAUAGCUUGGACAACAACAACGAUACACCCAACAAUAAUAAUACGGUUCAUGUGAAUGCCAACACGCCACCAAUGCGCCGCAGCGAACAGACAACUUCUAACGCUGGCUCUGACGAUGACAACAAUGUGGAUGAUGAUGACGAUGACGAUGCUGAUCUGGAGAUAAUCGAUGCUGGCAUUGAUGUGGGCAAUUUGCCACCACCUCCGCCUCCGUACAACGAUGUGACCGAUGCCCAGGUGCAGAUGCCGUCGCCGUCGCGUCUUAAUUGUCAUGUGAACAUUCCUGGACAGGUGCCUGGACGCAACGAGAGCCAGGCCUAAGUUGUGAUUUGAGUUAAGCUGUUUCUCUCUCAUUAUUAUUAACGUGUUGUGUUGCGAGCAAAUGCAAACGCGGCAAUGCACGCGGUCCCUUCCCUUGCCUAAGACUUCACAUCAAUUGGAUAUCCCAUUUCCAACCCAUUUCAUAUCCAUAUCAAAAGGCGGAUUUGUAUUAAUCAAUGUAUUUGCUUAUCAAAACAAACGAAAAACAAAGACAGAAAUAUUUUAGCAGUCGCGUAUUGUUGUUUAAUCUAAAACGAAAACUAAACAAAAACUAAAGAAAACAAAAAACCUGCUUAUAACUGAAUAUUCGCUGAAUUUUGCUCUACAUAAUUGUGUGCUCACGUAGUAGAUGUACUUUUUGAUCGCGUCUGUUGAAAUUUGCAAAGAUUUGUUAAAGAUUUGACCGCGCUUUACGUUUCUAUGGUUCUUUUUAUUUAACCUCUUAACCUGAGUUUUACCUAAUUAAGCACAAGUAGUUGUUACCAAAAAAAAAAAUUACCAAUUGAAAGCAGAAUCUAACUGGGAAAAACGAUGGAUGCGAAAGUAUGUUCUAAUGAUUAAGCUAACUUGUAAGACUAAUUAUUAUAUUAUUAAACUGUAUAUCAUUAUUUGUACAUUAGUUUUGUGUAUCAAUUGCCAAGUACGUAGUGCAAUCCACAUGUAUCCCGAGAGAACUCCAUCAUAUUUUAUGUGUGUACAAUAUCUAUAUGCGUAUAUGUAAUAUCUAUAAUGCAAUAUUCAAAGAUAUUCAAAUAAAUAUUAGUUUGAAACAA